UCCAGCCUUCUCUUUUCGAAUAUUUCCGAAUCCAGCAAAGACUCAGAGUUUUGAGGAUCCAUCUAUCGGCAACAACAAGAUGGCGCUUUCCAAGUUGACACUCGUUUGCAUGAUAUUUUGCAUGUGCAUCAUGCUAAGCCAAGUGAUGGUCGAGGCAAAAAGCGUUCACGUAUAUGUCGACGACGUUGAAAUGGUGGACAGAGAAAACGAUGUUCGAAACGAUGACGUGCAUGGCGUAUUGGCCCGUAACAAACGAUCAAGCAGUUCAUCAAGCUCUUCAUCAAGCUCUUCAAGUUCUUCUUCAGAGUCUGAGGAAACCACAACAGCAACAACAACAACAGCAGCAACGACAACAACAGCAGCUACAACAACAACAGCAGCUACAACAACAACAGCAGCAACAACAACAGUGGUACCACCAACAUAA